UACCCUCAGGGUUACAAUAUGAGCUAUUAUUAUACAUUGAAUGGUUCAGUACCACAUUCUCAAUGGUACCAAUAUCAAAAUGGUCGAUACCCUCAGGGUUACAAUAUGAGCUAUUAUUAUACAUUGAAUGGUUCAGUACCACAUUCUCAAUGGUACCAAUAUCAAAAUGGUCGAUACCCUCAGGGUUACAAUAUGAGCUAUUAUUAUACAUUGAAUGGUUCAGUACCACAUUCUCAAUGGUACCAAUAUCAAAAUGGUCGAUACCCUCAGGGUUACAAUAUGAGCUAUUAUUAUACAUUGAAUGGUUCAGUACCACAUUCUCAAUGGUACCAAUAUCAAAAUGGUCGAUACCCUCAGGGUUACAAUAUGAGCUAUUAUUAUACAUUGAAUGGUUCAGUACCACAUUCUCAAUGGUACCAAUAUCAAAAUGGUCGAUACCCUCAGGGUUACAAUAUGAGCUAUUAUUAUACAUUGAAUGGUUCAGUACCACAUUCUCAAUGGUACCAAUAUCAAAAUGGUCGAUACCCUCAGGGUUACAAUAUGAGCUAUUAUUAUACAUUGAAUGGUUCAGUACCACAUUCUCAAUGGUACCAAUAUCAAAAUGGUCGAUACCCUCAGGGUUACAAUAUGAGCUAUUAUUAUACAUUGAAUGGUUCAGUACCACAUUCUCAAUGGUACCAAUAUCAAAAUGGUCGAUACCCUCAGGGUUACAAUAUGAGCUAUUAUUAUACAUUGAAUGGUUCAGUACCACAUUCUCAAUGGUACCAAUAUCAAAAUGGUCGAUACCCUCAGGGUUACAAUAUGAGCUAUUAUUAUACAUUGAAUGGUUCAGUACCACAUUCUCAAUGGUACCAAUAUCAAAAUGGUCGAUACCCUCAGGGUUACAAUAUGAGCUAUUAUUAUACAUUGAAUGGUUCAGUACCACAUUCUCAAUGGUACCAAUAUCAAAAUGGUCGAUACCCUCAGGGUUACAAUAUGAGCUAUUAUUAUACAUUGAAUGGUUCAGUACCACAUUCUCAAUGGUACCAAUAUCAAAAUGGUCGAUACCCUCAGGGUUACAAUAUGAGCUAUUAUUAUACAUUGAAUGGUUCAGUACCACAUUCUCAAUGGUACCAAUAUCAAAAUGGUCGAUACCCUCAGGGUUACAAUAUGAGCUAUUAUUAUACAUUGAAUGGUUCAGUACCACAUUCUCAAUGGUACCAAUAUCAAAAUGGUCGAUACCCUCAGGGUUACAAUAUGAGCUAUUAUUAUACAUUGAAUGGUUCAGUACCACAUUCUCAAUGGUACCAAUAUCAAAAUGGUCGAUACCCUCAGGGUUACAAUAUGAGCUAUUAUUAUACAUUGAAUGGUUCAGUACCACAUUCUCAAUGGUACCAAUAUCAAAAUGGUCGAUACCCUCAGGGUUACAAUAUGAGCUAUUAUUAUACAUUGAAUGGUUCAGUACCACAUUCUCAAUGGUACCAAUAUCAAAAUGGUCGAUACCCUCAGGGUUACAAUAUGAGCUAUUAUUAUACAUUGAAUGGUUCAGUACCACAUUCUCAAUGGUACCAAUAUCAAAAUGGUCGAUACCCUCAGGGUUACAAUAUGAGCUAUUAUUAUACAUUGAAUGGUUCAGUACCACAUUCUCAAUGGUACCAAUAUCAAAAUGGUCGAUACCCUCAGGGUUACAAUAUGAGCUAUUAUUAUACAUUGAAUGGUUCAGUACCACAUUCUCAAUGGUACCAAUAUCAAAAUGGUCGAUACCCUCAGGGUUACAAUAUGAGCUAUUAUUAUACAUUGAAUGGUUCAGUACCACAUUCUCAAUGGUACCAAUAUCAAAAUGGUCGAUACCCUCAGGGUUACAAUAUGAGCUAUUAUUAUACAUUGAAUGGUUCAGUACCACAUUCUCAAUGGUACCAAUAUCAAAAUGGUCGAUACCCUCAGGGUUACAAUAUGAGCUAUUAUUAUACAUUGAAUGGUUCAGUACCACAUUCUCAAUGGUACCAAUAUCAAAAUGGUCGAUACCCUCAGGGUUACAAUAUGAGCUAUUAUUAUACAUUGAAUGGUUCAGUACCACAUUCUCAAUGGUACCAAUAUCAAAAUGGUCGAUACCCUCAGGGUUACAAUAUGAGCUAUUAUUAUACAUUGAAUGGUUCAGUACCACAUUCUCAAUGGUACCAAUAUCAAAAUGGUCGAUACCCUCAGGGUUACAAUAUGAGCUAUUAUUAUACAUUGAAUGGUUCAGUACCACAUUCUCAAUGGUACCAAUAUCAAAAUGGUCGAUACCCUCAGGGUUACAAUAUGAGCUAUUAUUAUACAUUGAAUGGUUCAGUACCACAUUCUCAAUGGUACCAAUAUCAAAAUGGUCGAUACCCUCAGGGUUACAAUAUGAGCUAUUAUUAUACAUUGAAUGGUUCAGUACCACAUUCUCAAUGGUACCAAUAUCAAAAUGGUCGAUACCCUCAGGGUUACAAUAUGAGCUAUUAUUAUACAUUGAAUGGUUCAGUACCACAUUCUCAAUGGUACCAAUAUCAAAAUGGUCGAUACCCUCAGGGUUACAAUAUGAGCUAUUAUUAUACAUUGAAUGGUUCAGUACCACAUUCUCAAUGGUACCAAUAUCAAAAUGGUCGAUACCCUCAGGGUUACAAUAUGAGCUAUUAUUAUACAUUGAAUGGUUCAGUACCACAUUCUCAAUGGUACCAAUAUCAAAAUGGUCGAUACCCUCAGGGUUACAAUAUGAGCUAUUAUUAUACAUUGAAUGGUUCAGUACCACAUUCUCAAUGGUACCAAUAUCAAAAUGGUCGAUACCCUCAGGGUUACAAUAUGAGCUAUUAUUAUACAUUGAAUGGUUCAGUACCACAUUCUCAAUGGUACCAAUAUCAAAAUGGUCGAUACCCUCAGGGUUACAAUAUGAGCUAUUAUUAUACAUUGAAUGGUUCAGUACCACAUUCUCAAUGGUACCAAUAUCAAAAUGGUCGAUACCCUCAGGGUUACAAUAUGAGCUAUUAUUAUACAUUGAAUGGUUCAGUACCACAUUCUCAAUGGUACCAAUAUCAAAAUGGUCGAUACCCUCAGGGUUACAAUAUGAGUUAUUAUUAUACAUUGAAUGGUUCAGUACCACAUUCUCAAUGGUACCAAUAUCAAAAUGGUCGAUACCCUCAGGGUUACAAUAUGAGCUAUUAUUAUACAUUGAAUGGUUCAGUACCACAUUCUCAAUGGUACCAAUAUCAAAAUGGUCGAUACCCUCAGGGUUACAAUAUGAGCUAUUAUUAUACAUUGAAUGGUUCAGUACCACAUUCUCAAUGGUACCAAUAUCAAAAUGGUCGAUACCCUCAGGGUUACAAUAUGAGCUAUUAUUAUACAUUGAAUGGUUCAGUACCACAUUCUCAAUGGUACCAAUAUCAAAAUGGUCGAUACCCUCAGGGUUACAAUAUGAGCUAUUAUUAUACAUUGAAUGGUUCAGUACCACAUUCUCAAUGGUACCAAUAUCAAAAUGGUCGAUACCCUCAGGGUUACAAUAUGAGCUAUUAUUAUACAUUGAAUGGUUCAGUACCACAUUCUCAAUGGUACCAAUAUCAAAAUGGUCGAUACCCUCAGGGUUACAAUAUGAGCUAUUAUUAUACAUUGAAUGGUUCAGUACCACAUUCUCAAUGGUACCAAUAUCAAAAUGGUCGAUACCCUCAGGGUUACAAUAUGAGCUAUUAUUAUACAUUGAAUGGUUCAGUACCACAUUCUCAAUGGUACCAAUAUCAAAAUGGUCGAUACCCUCAGGGUUACAAUAUGAGCUAUUAUUAUACAUUGAAUGGUUCAGUACCACAUUCUCAAUGGUACCAAUAUCAAAAUGGUCGAUACCCUCAGGGUUACAAUAUGAGCUAUUAUUAUACAUUGAAUGGUUCAGUACCACAUUCUCAAUGGUACCAAUAUCAAAAUGGUCGAUACCCUCAGGGUUACAAUAUGAGCUAUUAUUAUACAUUGAAUGGUUCAGUACCACAUUCUCAAUGGUACCAAUAUCAAAAUGGUCGAUACCCUCAGGGUUACAAUAUGAGCUAUUAUUAUACAUUGAAUGGUUCAGUACCACAUUCUCAAUGGUACCAAUAUCAAAAUGGUCGAUACCCUCAGGGUUACAAUAUGAGCUAUUAUUAUACAUUGAAUGGUUCAGUACCACAUUCUCAAUGGUACCAAUAUCAAAAUGGUCGAUACCCUCAGGGUUACAAUAUGAGCUAUUAUUAUACAUUGAAUGGUUCAGUACCACAUUCUCAAUGGUACCAAUAUCAAAAUGGUCGAUACCCUCAGGGUUACAAUAUGAGCUAUUAUUAUACAUUGAAUGGUUCAGUACCACAUUCUCAAUGGUACCAAUAUCAAAAUGGUCGAUACCCUCAGGGUUACAAUAUGAGCUAUUAUUAUACAUUGAAUGGUUCAGUACCACAUUCUCAAUGGUACCAAUAUCAAAAUGGUCGAUACCCUCAGGGUUACAAUAUGAGCUAUUAUUAUACAUUGAAUGGUUCAGUACCACAUUCUCAAUGGUACCAAUAUCAAAAUGGUCGAUACCCUCAGGGUUACAAUAUGAGCUAUUAUUAUACAUUGAAUGGUUCAGUACCACAUUCUCAAUGGUACCAAUAUCAAAAUGGUCGAUACCCUCAGGGUUACAAUAUGAGCUAUUAUUAUACAUUGAAUGGUUCAGUACCACAUUCUCAAUGGUACCAAUAUCAAAAUGGUCGAUACCCUCAGGGUUACAAUAUGAGCUAUUAUUAUACAUUGAAUGGUUCAGUACCACAUUCUCAAUGGUACCAAUAUCAAAAUGGUCGAUACCCUCAGGGUUACAAUAUGAGCUAUUAUUAUACAUUGAAUGGUUCAGUACCACAUUCUCAAUGGUACCAAUAUCAAAAUGGUCGAUACCCUCAGGGUUACAAUAUGAGCUAUUAUUAUACAUUGAAUGGUUCAGUACCACAUUCUCAAUGGUACCAAUAUCAAAAUGGUCGAUACCCUCAGGGUUACAAUAUGAGCUAUUAUUAUACAUUGAAUGGUUCAGUACCACAUUCUCAAUGGUACCAAUAUCAAAAUGGUCGAUACCCUCAGGGUUACAAUAUGAGCUAUUAUUAUACAUUGAAUGGUUCAGUACCACAUUCUCAAUGGUACCAAUAUCAAAAUGGUCGAUACCCUCAGGGUUACAAUAUGAGCUAUUAUUAUACAUUGAAUGGUUCAGUACCACAUUCUCAAUGGUACCAAUAUCAAAAUGGUCGAUACCCUCAGGGUUACAAUAUGAGCUAUUAUUAUACAUUGAAUGGUUCAGUACCACAUUCUCAAUGGUACCAAUAUCAAAAUGGUCGAUACCCUCAGGGUUACAAUAUGAGCUAUUAUUAUACAUUGAAUGGUUCAGUACCACAUUCUCAAUGGUACCAAUAUCAAAAUGGUCGAUACCCUCAGGGUUACAAUAUGAGCUAUUAUUAUACAUUGAAUGGUUCAGUACCACAUUCUCAAUGGUACCAAUAUCAAAAUGGUCGAUACCCUCAGGGUUACAAUAUGAGCUAUUAUUAUACAUUGAAUGGUUCAGUACCACAUUCUCAAUGGUACCAAUAUCAAAAUGGUCGAUACCCUCAGGGUUACAAUAUGAGCUAUUAUUAUACAUUGAAUGGUUCAGUACCACAUUCUCAAUGGUACCAAUAUCAAAAUGGUCGAUACCCUCAGGGUUACAAUAUGAGCUAUUAUUAUACAUUGAAUGGUUCAGUACCACAUUCUCAAUGGUACCAAUAUCAAAAUGGUCGAUACCCUCAGGGUUACAAUAUGAGCUAUUAUUAUACAUUGAAUGGUUCAGUACCACAUUCUCAAUGGUACCAAUAUCAAAAUGGUCGAUACCCUCAGGGUUACAAUAUGAGCUAUUAUUAUACAUUGAAUGGUUCAGUACCACAUUCUCAAUGGUACCAAUAUCAAAAUGGUCGAUACCCUCAGGGUUACAAUAUGAGCUAUUAUUAUACAUUGAAUGGUUCAGUACCACAUUCUCAAUGGUACCAAUAUCAAAAUGGUCGAUACCCUCAGGGUUACAAUAUGAGCUAUUAUUAUACAUUGAAUGGUUCAGUACCACAUUCUCAAUGGUACCAAUAUCAAAAUGGUCGAUACCCUCAGGGUUACAAUAUGAGCUAUUAUUAUACAUUGAAUGGUUCAGUACCACAUUCUCAAUGGUACCAAUAUCAAAAUGGUCGAUACCCUCAGGGUUACAAUAUGAGCUAUUAUUAUACAUUGAAUGGUUCAGUACCACAUUCUCAAUGGUACCAAUAUCAAAAUGGUCGAUACCCUCAGGGUUACAAUAUGAGCUAUUAUUAUACAUUGAAUGGUUCAGUACCACAUUCUCAAUGGUACCAAUAUCAAAAUGGUCGAUACCCUCAGGGUUACAAUAUGAGCUAUUAUUAUACAUUGAAUGGUUCAGUACCACAUUCUCAAUGGUACCAAUAUCAAAAUGGUCGAUACCCUCAGGGUUACAAUAUGAGCUAUUAUUAUACAUUGAAUGGUUCAGUACCACAUUCUCAAUGGUACCAAUAUCAAAAUGGUCGAUACCCUCAGGGUUACAAUAUGAGCUAUUAUUAUACAUUGAAUGGUUCAGUACCACAUUCUCAAUGGUACCAAUAUCAAAAUGGUCGAUACCCUCAGGGUUACAAUAUGAGCUAUUAUUAUACAUUGAAUGGUUCAGUACCACAUUCUCAAUGGUACCAAUAUCAAAAUGGUCGAUACCCUCAGGGUUACAAUAUGAGUUAUUAUUAUACAUUGAAUGGUUCAGUACCACAUUCUCAAUGGUACCAAUAUCAAAAUGGUCGAUACCCUCAGGGUUACAAUAUGAGUUAUUAUUAUACAUUGAAUGGUUCAGUACCACAUUCUCAAUGGUACCAAUAUCAAAAUGGUCGAUACCCUCAGGGUUACAAUAUGAGUUAUUAUUAUACAUUGAAUGGUUCAGUACCACAUUCUCAAUGGUACCAAUAUCAAAAUGGUCGAUACCCUCAGGGUUACAAUAUGAGUUAUUAUUAUACCUUAAACAGUUCAAUUCCCCAAAAUCAAUGGAAUCUAUAUUAUAAUAAUCAACCACAAGGAUAUAACAGGACAUAUUAUUAUACUAUAAAUGGUUCAAUACCACAGUAUCAAUAUCAGUGGUAUCAGUAUAAUUAUAGACUUGGAAUGGAAUAUUAUCCGUAUGAAAAUGAAUCGCAUAUUUCUUACAUUCAAUAUCCACAAGGAUAUCAGAAUUAUCAAUAUAAUAACUCUUUCCCUGAAAAUCAAUCACGCUCUACCAUUUGGAAUAGAACUUAUUAUUACACUAGUAAUGGUACAAGAGUACCAUACUAUCCAAAUGAAGAAUAUUGGAAUGGAAAUCAAUAUAACACUUACAACAAAACCUAUCGUUAUACAGUCAACAUAACUCUGCCUACGGAAACAUACAAUUUCAGUAGUCGUCCAGAAGGAUAUUUUGAAUAUUUUCCGUAUCAGAAUGGUUCGAUGGUGUCAUUCAGGGACAAUUCAGAAAAUAUGGGUUUUAGUUAUUAUCAUUAUCGCCAACACACCUAUAGCCCAUUGCAAUCUCAGUAUAAAUGGAAUGCAACUUACUACUACAUGAUGAAUGGAACUGUUCCUCAAUAUCAAUAUAAUUGGAGCCACUCAGGAGAAAGUAAUAUGAACUUCUUUUAUCCGUAUCAAAAUGGAUCAAUUGUUUCCUUCAGAGAUCUUCCAGAAGGUCAAGCAUUUACUUAUCAGUAUAUGUAUCAUUAUAAUACUACACUUCCAGCAGGAUCGCAAUAUAGCAGGUGGUAUACAACUUAUAACGGAACUGUACCUCAUCAAUAUCAAUAUAGUUACAAUAUAAGUCAACCCGGAUAUCAAUUUCAUUAUUAUUAUCCUUACGAAAACGGUUCAGUUGUAUCAUAUAGAGAUUUUCCUGAAGGUUCGAUAUAUUCUUAUCAAUAUAACAGCAGCUAUCCUACCGGUAUGCGAUAUCAUAAAACUUGGAAUACAACUUAUUAUAUGGUAAAUGGAGUUAAAUAUUAUUAUAAUAUAACUCAACCAAGCGGAUCAUAUCAAUAUCAAUAUCCUUCCCAAAAUGAAUCUAAUGGAUAUCAAAGUGGUUCAGUUUACAGAUAUUAUUAUCAAUAUAACAAUACUUAUCCUCAAUAUCAACAUGGAAAAUGGAAUGCAACAUAUUCCUUUGUUAUCAAUGGAACAAAUCCUACAGGAAACGGACAUCCUGUAGAUUUAUUUUUUCCUUUUAGAAAUGGUUCUGUGGUUUCUUACAAUGAAAAUUCAAGUAGUUAUUCUUCAUAUUAUUAUUCUUAUCACAAAAACGGAACUGCGCCAUAUUCUGAAAGUCAUAAUGAAAAUCAAAGAUUUAAUUAUGAAUCUAAUACAGGAAACAGUGGAAAUUCUGGAUUUUUACGUUAUACCAUAACACCAAACGGGCAAACAAAAAAUGAAUCUUAUUAUCCCCAAGGCCAAGGAGCUUGGAGUUAUUCAUGGUAUAAGAAUGGUUCCACAAAUAAUGAGAAUAGUCAAAAUCAUGGAAUCAAUGGGUAUUAUGUAACAAACAGGACGUAUACUCGAUACGGAGGCUAUCAAUCUGAAUCUCCUCAUAAACGUUGGAAUUACACAAUGACUUAUCAGUAUCCAAACGAAAGAAAUAUGGGAAUGUAUAAUAGAUCAUGGGUAACUGGUUCCUAUUCGCCUGAAGAUUAUGGAAAAUAUGGUUCUGGCGAGUAUAAUCGUUUUAACCUCAGCCUUUAUAGAAAAUUGAAUGAUCAAUCCUGGCAAUAUCAACAUCCUGCUGGAAAUUCAGGAAUGUGGCGCGCUAAUUUUACUUACACUUACAAGUAUCCUAAUGGAACAAUAGUAACGCAACGUCAUUCUGGUUAUAACAGCAAUAUGAGUUUAUCUGCAUGGAAUUCUUCAGCACAACUUCACCAUUUAUCUUCGCAAAGUUUUGAAUAUCCAGCAGUAAGUCACUCAAGAGCCUGGAAUAUAUCUGUGAAUUAUGGUUAUUUUCCAAAUGGUACGAGAUAUUACACAAACAGAGAAAAUAGUGGAGGAAUAUAUUCCCAAAACACAUAUGAUAAUGGAGGAAAGGGUGUAGUAUAUAGUUACAGCAAAAGUAACGGUGGAAAUGGCGCGUAUAAUUUUAAUACACUUAACAGCGGAGUAAAUGGUAGUGCUUAUAGUUAUGGUACACACAACAAGGGAGGAAAUGCUGGUUCCUAUACCUCAUAUAGCUCUCAUAGUACUGGAGGAAAUGGUGGUAGCUAUAGCUACACUACACAUAAUAAAAAUGGUAAAACUGUUACCUAUUAUACUCAAAAAAGCGUUUCAGGUGAUACAAGUCCUCAAUCUGUAACUGGAGGAUAUUACAGUGGAAGUAGUGGAAAUAUGGGCCCUCAAUCCGUAAGUGGAGGAUCUUACAGUGGAAAUAGUGGAAGUAUGAGCCCUCAAUCCGUAAAUGGAGGGUAUUAUAGUGGAAGUAGUGAAAGUAUGAGCCCUCAAUCCGUAAGUGGAGGAUAUUACAGUGGAAGUAGUGGAAGCAUGAGCUCUCAUUCCGUAAGUGGAGGUACAAGCAAAAACACCUUUACACAAGGAGGAAAUGGAAAAUAUACAGUGCAUAAAACCAGAAUUGUAUCAUCACCACAAUCUACUGGCAACUCUUACAAAACCUAUGGAACCUACUACCGAAGCAGUUCGAGUAGAGUCAAGAGAGACGAACCUUACGAACCUUCUGCAUCAGAAACCACUAAGGAAGGUACUUUGAGUAAUGCAUCAGCUAACACAACAACCGAAGCAGUUAAUAUUACACGGGUGUCAAAUAUUACCAAGGAAUAUUCUGCACAGAAUAUGACAUCAGUAAUACUCAAUGGAACAAUGUCAAAAUCUCUCGCGUCUUCAAGUAAUUUGACAAAUAUGAGCAAUGUAACUGAUGUCAAUAAUCUAAAUUUGCAUAAACUAUCAAUAAUUCCGGCAAAUGUAACCGCAUUUAACGUAUCCCAAAGCAGUUUAAGUGGUAUAAAUAAUACUGAAUCAAUAUUUAAUAAGACAAAAUCUUCGUCAGUUCUGAAUGGAACUAGUGCUUUUGAUACUGCUCGACCUCAACCAUUAAAAUUCACUUUAUCUUUAUCAGUAGCAGUAGAUACCCCCGACAUUACUGAUGCUAAUUUGAAAAAUAAAAAAUAAAAUAAUGAAAAGUUAAAUAAUAAAUUACAUUUUGCUUCUUUUA